AUGUAUCUUGUGGUUUGUGAAGACAUAUUAAUUACCACUCAUUUGCUUUGCCCACGGUCAGUAUAAUCUGCAGACUGCAGACCGGACUGGGCACAAAAUGCAGACUGGGGGUAUAAAAUGCAGACUGAGGAUAAAAUGCAGACUGGGGGUGAAUUAGGAAUAUUUUACAAAUGUCUGCCCUAGAACACCAUUAAUUAUCUCGUUGAAAAUGUUAAAACACAGAUAAUUUUAGUUUUUCCUUCAUCGUAUUUACUCGAUCUUUGUCGUGGUCAUCGAUAUUAGGCAUCAAUCUUGAGGAAUUAUCGCUGAUUGAAAUUCAUAUAAGGCGCGAAGCAACACUUGUGGAUGGGGGAGGGGGGAGCAGUCCCUAAUCAUGCUCCUAUUCGUAACGCUAAUCCUAAUGCAAUCGGUGGGUUUUCAAAAACACCACUCAUAUUCACGCAUUUUUGAAAGCUCGAUCUGCAACAAAAGCAGACUUAAGCAUUUGGCAUCCAAAACUGAUGAAAGUGACUAGCUUCAACAUUAAUGCCAUUAAUAUUAUCAACAAGACGAUCAUGUGACUAUGGCUUGGCGGGAAUUUGUGAAAUAUCCCUAAUUCACCCCAGUCUGCAUUUUAUCCUCUGUCUGCAUUUUGUACCCAGUCCGGUCUGCAGUUCGCAGUCUGCAGAUUAUACUGACCGUUUUCGUGGGGGGUAAGUGAAAUAAAAUGUAUUAUAUUUAAAGAAAACAAUGACAAUCCUCAUGAAAUCAACAAUAUUUAUAUUAAAUUAAGCAUAGUUUUUCACCCCAUGAUAAUUUCUUUUAGGAAAUAAGAAUAUUUAAUUUCUGCAGGCAUAUUAGUUAUUUUAUGCAUAAUUAGCAAUUUACCUGGGGUAGUGCAUGGUCAUUUUCUUGUAAAAUAUUAUACUUAGACAAAUUUUUCCUUCCAAUGACCACCCGUAAAAGCAACCCUUCUAAACACUAUAAGCACUUCAGAAAGACUAUCGCUUUUUGUUUUCUGAAGUUAGAGCUAUGUCGACACUGCCGUUUCAGGGCGGGGUAAUUUUCAGGACUUUCGUCCCAGAUUCAGGUUUUGACACAUAUCCCAUGUUGACCGCCAUGGUCAUUUUACCCUAAAACAGUUGAGAUUACCUGUGCUAAAUGAAACGCAUACAAACUCAUAUACAGGUCCUAGACUUAGAUACAAUUGCGCUUCUUAUGUUGAGAGCUUGACAAAGCAGGGGGAAAUAAAUCAGGACGUUCAAACUUAGCUUAUCCAAGAUAAUUCUGGUAGUAAUGAUGGCAGUGGUGCUGCUUGCGAUGCUAGCGCUGUUGUUGUUUUUGAUGAUGAUAGUGAUGAUGAUGAUGGUAAUGGUAAUGGUGAUAAUGAUGAUGAUGAUGAUGAUGAUGAUGAUAAUGAUGAUGAUAAUGAUGAUGAUGAUGAUGAUGAUAAUGAUGAUGAUGAUGAUGAUGAUGAUGAUGAUGAUGAUGAUGAUGAUGAUGAUGAUGAUGAUGACCAAAGUAAAAUAUAUUGUUCCACUUCGUUGCUAUGGAAAUGUAGAUACUUCCAAACGCUUAAAAAUCACAGACGAUUUACGAAACAGCUGUUUUUUAAAGUAUAUUAAAUCAUCAUUUUAAAAAUGCCACCGCGACCUCGCAAGCAAUUGGACUCGAAAAGGAUCGAGGAUUCACUUCGAGCAAACAUUUUGCCAUUGGUAAGUUUAUUGAGCAAACUUAAUUCAUUGUAGUGGCCCUGUGGUCAAUAGUAGCAUGUUAUGCAGCUGAAUUCACGGCAAUUCAUGCAGUCAAUUUAUUAAAUUCGUCUAGAUCACCGAACAGUUGGAAGCGGUAGCAUGCCGUGCUGUUUGGAGAGUUCGUGAAACAGACAUUGACAUCGCAAGAAAUCAGAUCGCUUCAAAGCGACUUCGCCUUGACCAAGUGGUUUCUUCAAUGAACGGCGUUCAAUUCUUUUUUUCCUGCGUUACAAGUGUCAUGUGCAACGCAAAAUCCGCGAAAGACGACGCCAACGAAACAAGUUACACGCCUGAAAGCUACCCAGCGAUUGCCUACUUCGUCGUGUACAAGGAAUGCGCAACUUGCAACGAGAAGAUCUUGUUUUCCACCAUUCACAACGAAGAAUUAGAAGCAGAGGUAUCGCGAAUUCGAGUGCGAAAAUCAUCCGAUAGCAAUAAUGAAAUGGAAAAAGCUGCAAAACAGUUAUUCCAAGUGGUCAAGGAUCACAGCAACAACACCAUCCAGGAGAUGCUCCAAAUAUCAAACGCGUAUUGCUACAAGAAUUCCGAGGGAACGCCGUCAGAUGAUGAUGAAGAGGAUGAUCAACCCGAGUUUGUUUCAACUCAUUUCCCCAAUGUCCCCUGCUGUAUAAUCGUCGUAAACGAAAGCGAGUUUCGGGAUCGUGUGGCUACAGCAGUUACAAAGCUGGAAUCAGACGGACUUGUUGUUGAUUUCGGUAAUGCAUGCGUUGUAAAGUUGGACAAUCCACCGUUCUCAUCCAACAACGAUGUCGCCGCCUUGAUAAACAACAUCGAUAAAUGCAUGAAGUUAUGCGACCACGCCUUAUAUCGUUCAGAAAUUUACACCAAACCAGAGGGUUCAAAUUUAACGUUUGUAAAAAUGAUGGAUGUAACUAGUUACUUGCAUAAACUUCUGGCUAACGAAGUGUUGCGUGAGAAGCUGAUUCAGCAUUUUCAAGCGGUCGAUAGACUUCUGUCUCAUCCAGCAUGCGCAAUAAUUCAGCAGAUCAAAUUUGACGUGGAUCUCAUUGAAGUAUCAAACGGGUACUGUUUCUCGAUCAAAGCCCGAAAGUUCAUCGUCUGUCCUAUCCCGGAAUCCAUGCGUGGAAAACUGUCGCCAAGAUCUUUUGUUCCAUAUGACAGUUCCAAACCGCCGAAGCCUGGGUAUUUUCGAGAAGGCAUUGUCAACUCCUUUCCCGACGACGACGUGCGAGCACGGUUCCUGAAUAAACUCUAUCAGUGCCUGCUCGCGUUCAGCAUGCCUCACAAGGUGAGGAAAUUGGUAGUGGUUGGCCCCAAAGAUUCGGGCAAAACAUCUUGGUCCAACAUAUUCCAUCGUGUUAUUCCCGCCAGCUACAUUGCGUCGCUCACAAACGAGAGACAAUUUUCUGCCGCUAUGAUUAACAACGAAACUCAGCUGGUCCUCGUGGACGAGUGGUCGGCGAGCACGAUGCAAUCCGACCUUGCCAAAUGCAUCCUUCAAGGCGGAUGGAUGGUCUCUGCGGUAAAGCACGGCCUACCAAAGACGGUAUUAAAUAAUAGCCCCUUCUACAUCACCACAAAUAACCUCCCGAAUUUUGGUAAAGAAGAAGACGAUAACGUGAAGCGCAGAAUUGAGAUAUUCACAACAACGUCAUUGCCUCAAACUCUACCGGGAAUCGACAAGUGGAUUUAUGACCACGCGAUGGAUUGCAUUGCGUGGAUAGCGGAAGAAAUCAACGCGAACCGCGAGCACAUCGAUCGACAUGAGCUCUGGUACGAGCCAAAUCACUCUGGACCGUUGACGAUUGCUGCAAACGAGGGGGAAAGUCUGUUCAGUGACGAACACGUGCGACGCAUAUCCAAUGCUGAUUUGCGCGAGGAGGACGCUUCUAUCGUUGAGGAAUUGUCGCAAACAAUCCACGACGGUUUUGCGGUGGAGUUACGUUCGCGACGUCUCGCGCGGAAGAGAAGGGCCGCUCGUGGGGAGUUAAACAGCGACGACGAUAGCACAAGUGAAGAAAUACAAGAACAUAACAACUCCUCCUCCGAUGGUGAGAAACGUAGGGACGACAUAGAAGGAUGCCGGUUGACUGAAGACAACGUUGUCAAAGAGAGCCCUCAAACGAAGUCGACAACAUUAGCAGAAAGUAGAGACGGAGAGACAACUCACAACGAACGCAGCAAGACGACUACGGUGUCAGUGGAACAACCGUUGAAUGACGACCAACUAUCGAAUGACGAGGAAACAAUGGACAGUGGAACAGAGAGAACUGACAACGCACGUACCAACACAGAAGCAAGUGCGGUAACAGUAGAACAACUGUUACCGGUAAAACUCCCACAACCAACAAACGAAGCAUCGCCUGAUGAGGAAGUUAUAGACAGCCAGACUAUUCGUACCUAUUCACCUCCAGCAGGAUGGGUAUUGAACGACAAAACGUAUAUGUCCAAAGUCGCAUGCUUUAUUAGAUAUGGCUUUAUGAAAAUGAAAAAAGGCGAACUCUACUCGUUUAAUGAACGAAGAGACAAGGCCAAAUUAAAGCGCACAAAAAAAGAACGUGAUUUUUGGACUAUUGCGGACCCAAACAUUGAUGCCUGGAUGCUCGUAACUGGACAAAAGCGAGAUGUUUUCAACAUCGAAUCGUUCGUGCAACAGAACCGUGAAAUCGUGGAAGAAAUAGGACAAGUUCGAAAGAAUGUGAAAGUGCUUAUUCUAAGAAGUCGAUGCCCCCUCGUGAAGGCACUACAAGAAAUUGAAAGGCGUGAACGGGGAGAGGAGAGCGAAGAACAAGUUGAAGUUCCAUCGCAAACGUAUUGGACAACCUUCAAAAGCUGGAGACCGUGGUAA